UCCGCUAUCUUGUGACACCAUCCUGCAGCUCAUGUGGUUUGGCGAUAUUUAUGCCAGGUAGGACCUAACGGUCUAAGAUAAGAUGUCUGGUCACCUGAACAACUUACUCGGGAUAGCACUUGUCCCUAUAUUAUGUAGCUCGAUAUCAAGUUCAUUAUUCCAAUCCCCUUGAAUCUGUUUUCCUUUUGCCAUUGAUAUUCAACAUGUCUGUUCAAAAAAUCAACAGCCCCGAAAGGCCGCUAGUACCUAUGUACUCGCAUGCGGUGAAGAUCCCGGGUCUUAUCUUCUGUAGCGGGCAAACCCCUAUGGACAGUACAGGCAACGUGGUCCCAGGAGACAUCAAAGCCCACACUGCUCAAUGCCUCUCUAACUUGACCGACGUAUUGAAUGCCGCUGGUUCGUCAUGGGACAAGGUGGUGAAAGUGAACAUUUACCUCAAGAGCAUGGGCGACUACGCAGCUAUGAACGAGGUGUAUAUCAAGGCUCUCCCGGACCCUAAGCCGGCUCGUACAUGUAUCCAAGCUGGUGGACUGCCUUAUGAUGUGGACGUAGAGAUCGAAGCGAUUGCUGCAGUUUGAUUAUCAUACUUGCAAUUUUCCAAGAAUUAUGUUUAGGCUUGUCAACAUGAGUUACUUACUGUU